UGGCGGUUGUUGUCAUGGAAAAUGUACUUCCGCUUCAUAAAAUUUUAUAGCAAAUCGUCGUAAAGUAGUGAAAAAGAGGAAUUAUUUUAGCAGUUAUUCGUAUUUUCAUUACUAGUUUCUUUACUUAUUAGUCAAAUUAAGAUAUUAUAGUUUAUACUUUAAGUAUAGAAAUGAAGUUCGUGGUAACCGCGUAAGGCUCGGUUUAUUUGUUCACAAAGCGUGUUAUGUGUUGGGUUUUUGUGUUUAUUUUCUGUUAAAAUGCGCUUUGAAUAAUCGUAUACCUUACAAAAUACUUUGUUACUGUGUAUGGAUGAUAUUGUGCGUUACGGUUCUGUGAUUAUAAACGUAAAAAUGUGCAAGUGUUAAUUUGUGUACUUCUGACUAAAAUGGGUGAAACAGAAGAAUUUAAUACCCUGGCGUUUGAAAAGAGGUUGAUGCAGCUAAAGGAUACUCAGGAGAGUAUCCAGUCACUAUCCUCCUGGUGUUUGAAGCAGAGGUCGCACCAUAAGAAGAUUGUAUCAAGUUGGUUGAAUGUUUUGAAGAGAGUGAAGGUGGAGCAACGUCUAGUUCUGUUUUACUUAGCGAACGACGUGAUACAGUAUAGCAAACGUAAAAAUUACGAGUUCGUAGAAAGCUGGGGCCUUAAUUUGCAAAAGGCUACUCCGUUGGUCAGGGAUGAAAAAGUUCGACCGAAGAUCCUUCGGAUAUUUAAAAUCUGGGAGCAGAGGUCGGUGUAUGACGAUGAGUUCCUUUCCGAUCUGACAGGCCUGCUCAGUGCCGGUGCUGUUAAAAAGACUGAUGAUGAUCCUUUGGACUUCCAACCGCAACAACUUGUAAAUAAAAUAAAGCAGUGUACAGUGCUUGAGGCGGACACAGAUCUGCGAUUAAAGUUCAUCCACGACAGUCACUUACAGCUUUCUGAUGCUGAUGCUUUGUUAGCUAAUUUAAAAGAUAGAAGUCAUAAAGAUGACGUAGAAAAAGAACUGAACGAGGGUAUAGCGUGUGUAGAACGCUACACGGCGGCGCUACAAAGAGAGAUUGUAGCGCGGGAGGCGCUAUUGGCGCUACUCGCCUCAGCUAACCAGUACUACUCGACGCAGCGCGGCGAAGUCAAAGUUGUGGCUUAUGUGAGUGGUUUUCUGUGGCUUUAA